CGAUUUUCAAGGCAUGGUGGUCCAGAACUAAGCCAUCUACGAGGUGUAAGACUCACCCCUUCUUCUUAUAGCUGUCAUCUAAUUUGUGUAUGCCUAGUUCCCUGAACCGAAAGGAAUUGCGCAAGAGAUGGAGUCUCGGCUUCGCAUGUCCCGGCAUACGCAGUUGAGGAUCUCUAAGACCAAGAUAACAUCUGCGUACGACGAUAAUUUCCAAUACCAUCUAAUCCACCAUGCGGUAUAUCCUGCGGGGUAUAAGAGUCCGACAGGACGUCGGAGUCCAGCGCCCGGCAAUCUGGACCAAGUUCGUCAUAACCUCUCGGCCUCCAGAGCCUCUGUUCUGGAACCACAAUGCUCCGAAUCCGAAUUCCAGGACUUUAAGGAUACGAACAUGGGCCUCUCGCUGGAAUCAGACGUCAUGACGCAGGUGAUUCCAGGGAUUGAGGGCAAGUCAAAGAUCCCACAUUGGACAAAUAUCGAAUUCACCAACCUCAAGUCCCUGACCUAUGAGAAGACGGUUGCACCGAAACCUGACUCCUAUGACGGGGUUCUAAGGCAAGAGAUUCACCCGCAAGUUCAGAUUGAUCUCAAUUCGAUGAUCAUGCCUUCCAGAGUCCGCUCGAAGGCGCCAGCAGCACCAAAUUUCUUCCUCCAAGUCAAGGGCGAAGACGGGACCUGGAAGGUGGCCCGGAGACAAGUGUGCCUCGAUGGAGCCAUGGGAGCUCGGGCUAUGCACAGCCUGCAAAAUUACGGGGAAGCGGAGCCGACAUACGACGGCAACGCCUACACAUACAGCGCGGCGUACUUCGACUGCGUACUUGAAGUGUAUGCUCAUCAUAUAACGGCGCCGACUCCGGACUCCUCGGGCCCGGAGUAUCACAUGACCUUAUUGGAUGUGAUUCCAAUGCAUCUGAGUUAUGAGAUGUAUGUCAAAGGCGUUAUUGCAUUCAGGAACGCGAGGGAUAUGGCAAAGAAACAUCGAGACAACUUUGUCAAGAUAGCAAACUCCAGAGCGUCUCAAGCGGAGGCCGGAGAGGAACGGCACCGGAAGAGUUGGGCGAUGCAAACGUCGACGACUCGGACUCUGUCAACAGCGAUGAGCACACCUCUCUGGAUGGUCAUGGUCAUGGUCAUGGGCAAGGUCCGAACCCGACGUCUGGAUCUAAGCGGAAACUCAGCCCGAGUUCAAGCGAGCAGAGUGAUGGCGCCCGGAAGAGUCGGACUCGUCGUCGAAAUGCGUGAAUGGUUGUUGAUGGUGUUUGUUAUGUGUAUGCUUUCCUUUUGGGGGGACAGUUGAGGGCAGAUCAGUCUUUGUUGGGGGAAACCCGGUUGAUUGGGCGAGGUAGCAAGGAAAGGAUAGAGGAUAGAGGAUGGAGGACAUGAUUUUUUUAAGGACGGAAUCUCAUUGUUUUGUUCACUCCUCGACAUCAUGACUGCUCGUGGAAGAACCUGAAGGCUGAAUAACACUGCACAUGAGUUGGAGAUGGCGGUGCCACAACCUCAGAGCGGCUAGUCGCGUGAGUCCAGUGACGUUUGGACAUGGGAUUAGUAAUGCGGGUUGGAGUGG